UCAUGCUGCUGCCAGGUCCAGAGUGUCUCAUGGGUCCCUGUACGGCCUCCCAUUGCUGCUGUCUCCAUCGCCACACUCUGCCAUGUGCCACUUUCAGGUCUCCUCACACUGCUGGUGUGUUCCAUUUUUUGUCAUAGGUGCUGGCAGAGUACGGGCCUCCCAUUGCUGCUGCCAGGCCCCUAAUCUGCCAUGGGCCCCUGUACCGCCUCCUCAUGCUGCUGCCAGGUCCACAGUGUCUCAUGGGUCCCUGUACGGCCUCCCAUUGCUGCUGUCUCCAUCGCCACACUCUGCCAUGUGCCACUUUCAGGUCUCCUCACACUGCUGGUGUGUUCCAUUUUUUGUC